UUCUGCUCACCUUGACACACGGACACCGAUGGACUGUGGGCUAUAGGUGAGGGUUGACAGUUGUGUAAAAUGUCCCAGAUGCAGAUGCAGAUGCUGAGGCUGUUCAUCAGUGAGCGGCUGAGUGCGGCUGCAGAGGAGAUCUUUGCAGCGGUGCAGAGGACGAUAACAGAGGACGAACAUGGACUUAAACAAGAAGUGCAUUUUCACAGUGAAGACACACCGCAGGUCUUUGUCUGUGCACAUGAGCAGAAACACGGGCAGGAGUGGAGUCCUGAGAACUGCAUGGUCCAGGAGGACUGUGGCCUGCUGGUCCCAGAGCCUCCAGCAAUCAAACAGGAACAGCAGGAGCCAUGGAGCAGUCCAGGAAGACAACAGCUACCGGAUAUGGAGGACUCUGAUACCAGCACUUUGAAAGUGACACCCACCUGCAUGAAGAGUUGCAUUUACUCAGACAUGGCUGAGUUACAAACUCAUGACACAGGAAAUGAAGACAGAAAGCCUGUACCUAACACCUCAGCUGACCACAGAAAGGUUGAGGGAAACUCUCAGUCAAGCAGUGAAUGCUGGACUCUUUUGCCAGAAUUUUCUGUAACUCUGAAUAACAUGCGGCCUGAGUUGGGUUUAGAAACACUGACAGGCUACAGUAUCAGUAAAGACAUCGACACGCAGAGCCACACAGGGAGAAACCAGCUGACUAAAAGUUGUGAACCGCGCAGCCCAGCUCCUCCAAAUAAAGAGACAAAGAGAAGAAGCAAAUCCUACUGCUGUCGUUUCUGUGGAAAAGAAUUUAGCCACAGCGCACAUCUAGCCACACACACUCAAAUCCACACCGGUGAGAAACUGUUCAUCUGUGAAGUGUGUGGUAAAGAGUUUCGACAUGGCAACAGCGUGACUGUACACAUGAGGAUUCACACGAAGGAGAAGCCAUACCGUUGCAGGAUUUGCGGAAAAGAGUUCCGCCAUGUGGGCAAUUUGAACGUACAUACAAGGAUCCAUACAGGAGAGAAACCCUACAGCUGCGCAGUGUGCGGGAGAAAGUUCAGUCGAAAUAAUGUGAUGACAAAACACAUGGCUGCACACACAGGUGAAAUGAGUUUAAGCAUGAAGAGUGUGUUAAGAAGAGGUUCAGUUGGCGUGACUUCAUGAGAGUUGCUGCUGUAAUGAUAUGGGACGAAAGGCAAAUCUGCUCUUACUGUAUAAAAUGGUUGCUGAUGUAAUAGGAAAAGCACAUGAUGGGUUACAAUUAAAAGUUGUGAUUCAUCUUAAUACCUAUUUUUUGUAAAUUAAUUAUUGUAAAUUGAUUAUGGUUUUAAACAUCAAAUUAUAUUUUUACAUGUAAAAUCCUGACAUUUAAUACAUUUCAGGUGGCAAAUAUUUUUCCCCACAAUGUAGUGUCUCUUCUCUUCAUCUGACUGAUGAUGCAGAUGUUAAACAGCUUUAAAGUCAGACUUAAGUGCCUGGUUCCUGUAGCUCAAAGCUCAGUACUGAUGCAACUGAUCAGACCUUGUUAAUAAACUCUUAUGUUAACCUUGAUUAAAAUUGUGAAUUAUAUUUACAUUACCACAAAUUAGUGGCUCUGACAGUCUCUGACCGCCAAACACACAUUGUUGACCUAUGUUUUACAUUUUAAAUAGGUUGAAUCAAAUAAACUGACCUAUAGUGAGUAACCAUAGAAAGAGAGGAAAUCACACUGGUAGAAUAAAAACCAUUAGGAAUAACUACAGAAAAAUGGAACAUAAAUGAAGUUAAAUAGGCCUUUAUGGUAAGAAAGAAAAUACACAGAUUGGAUAAAGGCUUUGGUGAUAUUAGGCCUACAACUCCUGGGUUGAAUUGUCACCAUCCACUUUAUGCAUAUUCUAAAAACAUUUAUAUUGGUCAUUUUAAUUAGAAAACUAAAUAUGAGUAUUUUCAGCCUUUCUUUAAGCCCUGUGUACAUUAAGCCAGCUGUUCAGGACUCACAGUCAUUCUGCUGGGACAGACAGGAGCCUCAGUAGGGAUGUGCAUGUCAAAGUCCGGUAUUUUCACAGACUUCCUUACAAACGUGUUCUACUAAUUAUCAUUUCUCUUAACCAGUAGGCUAAAUCAAGAUAACUGCUCUGCUUUAUGUCGGCGCUGUUGAGCCCACUGUCCAUUUCAUGCAGUUGUGCUAUGCUACGCGGUUGCCAUGGCGACGGAAUGUCAACAUCGCCCCUGUCGGAGGACUACUGCCUGUGUCUGUCCGGCUUCCCACCUCUAAAAAUGUCCGCUAUGAACAGAAAGUUGAUACAAACUCUCGCUGAAACUAUCUCAAAACAAGUGGAGCACUUCAAUAAAACAGAGGUUGAGUGCCUCAUCCGAGAGUUUAACGUGCUUCUGGGGGAGCCGGCCGUCCCCGGAAGAGCAGCUAACGGCCUGGACAGAGGGACGUUCAGGAGCAUACUGCACAACAUCUUUGGGAUGACCGACGACAUGAUCAUGGAUGGAGUCUUCAGGACGUUUGACAAGGACAAUGACGGCUUUGUCAGUAUGAAAGAAUGGAUUGAGGGACUGUCUGUUUUCCUUCGAGGGACCUUGGAUGAAAAAAUAGAAUACUGCUUUCAUGUGUAUGACUUGAACGGUGACAACUACAUCUCCAGAGAGGAGAUGUUUCACAUGCUGAAGAACAGCCUCAUCAGACAGCCCACAGAGGAGGACCCUGAUGAAGGAAUCAAAGACCUGGUGGAGAUCACACUCAAGAAGAUGGACCAUGACCAUGAUGGCAGACUAUCUUUCGCUGACUUUGAAAAUGCAGUGAGAGAGGAGAAUCUAUUACUUGAGGCUUUUGGAACCUGCCUCUCUGACACCACGAGUAUUGAGGCAUUUGAACAACAUGUAUUUCAAGAACAUCCGGAGCUAUGAAGAAAUCAUAUUCAUGUGCAUUUUCAGCUAUGUAAUCUUUAAUAAAAAUGUUAACAGCUGUUUGCAGUGCGAUGCAAAAAUGUGUAAAGAAAAACGAGCUGCCAAGAGAAACUGUUUGAAUGGUCAUUUUCCAAAGUAGUAGCAGUCAUCUCUGCAUAAAGUCCAGCAUCAAGGCAGCUCGCUCGAUCAAAUACGACGACGUGGUUUCACCUUUUUCUCUACUGGUUUGAGGUCAGGAACUGAUCCCACCUGAGAAAGAUGACAAAACUGAUUUUAAUGACAUGAAUAAAAAGGCAUUAAGACUA